AUGAAUAUUGGCGGAGGAAAAUUCUUGCUUGGAAGAAUAUCCAAUAGUCCAACUUCUGGCAUUGUAGGCCUUGCUAACGUUGGUAAAUCCACUUUUUUCCAAGCAAUAACAAAUUCUAAACUGGGCAAUCCUGCGAACUAUCCAUUUGCCACUAUUGACGCAGAAUGUGCCAAAGUCAACAUACCUAGUGUCCCACUAUCGAAUUUAUUGAGAAUAUAUCAAAGUACAAAAAUCGUACCUGGAAGUCUCACGAUAUAUGAUAUUGCUGGACUUACUAGAGGUGCAUCUCAAGGCCAUGGUUUGGGUAACAAGUUUUUGAACGAUAUCAGACACGUUGAUGGCAUAUUUCAGGUAGUGAGAGGUUUCUUAAAGGAAGAUAUCACUCAUAUAGAAGGUAACGUUGAUCCCAUCAGAGAUUUAUCAGUGGUACAAGAUGAACUCAUCUUGAAAGACUUGGAAUUUCUGGAAAAUAUAAGAGAAAGACUGGAUAAGAAGAUGAGAAUGGUUUCAAAAAAUUCUAAAGAAUACCAAGGAAUGAAGGUGGAGAUAGAUCUAUUAAAUGCAUUAGAAGAUCAUCUGUUCAACGGUAAAAAAAUUCGGCAUUUCAAAGACCAUUGGAAUCUAGACGAGGUCAGAAUUUUGAAUAAGCACAACUUUUUGACUUCUAAGCCAACUUUGAUAUUGCUGAAUGUUUCACCCCAAGAUUAUGUCACAAAUGAGAAUAAGUUUGUCAAGGAUGUUUUAAAAUGGGUGGACGAAUUUUCACCUGGAGAUAGAUUGUUACUUUUUAGUGCGGAAUUCGAAUCGCAAUUGAUCGAAUGCAAUGGCAUAGCAUCGGAGUAUUUUGACAAGCUCAAGCAGGAUACCAAUACCUCUGAUCAGCAGCUAAUUUCUGCAAUACCGCAAAUAAUCCUAGAAAUGAGAAGGUUGUUGAACUUAAUCAGCUUUUUCACAUGUGGCCCACAAGAAGUUCAUCAGUGGAACAUAAGAAAGGGAACUACUGCUCAAGAGGCUGCCGGUGUAAUUCAUAGCGAUUUACGUGAUACUUUUAUUAGCGCUGACGUAAUAAAAUAUAACGAUUUGAAGACUAUGCAACCACCAUUAAACGAGUCUUUACUGAAAUCUAAAGGGUUGAUCAAACGCGCGGGGAAACAAUAUAUUAUGCAGGAUAACGACAUUGCCUUAUUCAAAGCUGCCGGGGCCAAGCUAAAGUGA